AGAAGAAGUUUCACUGCCAAAACUGGGAACUGCAUCCACUUGUAAUGAAGAAUCGUCAAUUACUUUGCUAAAUUUUCGUAUUUUCCCGUGUCUUUUUGCAAGUUCCUUUCCGUUCCAAUCAAGUAGAAUUCACAGAUGUACGUGUUUUAUCAUUCGUGUCCGUGCGCCUAUUAUUAGGUUUAGUGGAAUUCCUUUCCGAUCGCCGUGUCUGGAGCUCAUUAGUUGGAUGUUUGAACCAGUCGUGGAUUUAUUCAACAUGCUUUACAUUUAAGGGAAAAAAAUUGGAACCAUUGGCAAAAUGACUGCUAUGAGUCAAGAAGCAAUGCUCGUCAAUACUAAAUUGGUAGUCCAGGGCUUGGAAGCCCUCAAAAUCGAACAUAAUUCAAUUCUCAAUGGACUGUUGGAACAUAAACAGGAGCCUAUAGCAGAGGAAAAAAGGCUAAUAGUCUUAAAAUCUCUCAAUAUGGUAGAACUGGGCCUAGAUGAAGCAGAGGUUCUGAUGACUUUAGCAAACAAUCUGCAAUCGAUUGAAGCUGAAAAACAGAAGCUACGAACUCAGGUCAAACGUCUGUGUCAAGAAAACGCAUGGUUACGAGAUGAACUAGCAAAUGUGCAGCAGAAACUUCAAGCUUCUGAAGGGACCGUUGCUAAAUUGGAGGAAGAUAAUAAACAGUUUAGAUUUAUGGAGUCCAUGAAGAAAUAUGAUGAUGUUUCACAGUCAGAUGACCAGUCUGCAAAUGAAGGGAAACAGGACAAGCAGAAAACAACAUACGAUCAAUUAGUAGAUUUAUUUCCAGAUGAAGAUACGGAAGAUAGAGGCAAUUUAUCACCUACUCCUCAAACCAAAUUCGAGCAGCAAGUCAAUGCUGGUUAUGAAAUUCCCUCCCGCUUACGCACACUACAUAAUUUAGUUAUUCAGUAUGCAUCUCAGGGCCGGUAUGAAGUUGCUGUACCUCUUUGCAAGCAAGCACUAGAGGAUUUAGAAAAAACGUCUGGUCACGACCAUCCUGACGUUGCCACAAUGUUGAAUAUCUUGGCUCUUGUCUACAGGGACCAAAAUAAAUACAAAGAUGCUGCUAAUUUGUUGAAUGAUGCCCUUGCCAUUCGAGAAAAAACCCUGGGAGAAAAUCAUCCUGCUGUUGCAGCAACCCUCAAUAACUUGGCCGUACUUUAUGGAAAGAGAGGCAAGUACAAAGAGGCUGAACCUCUUUGCAAAAGAGCUUUAGAAAUCCGAGAGAAUGUACUAGGCAAAGAUCAUCCAGAUGUGGCGAAGCAACUGAAUAAUUUGGCCUUACUUUGCCAAAAUCAGGGUAAAUAUGAUGAGGUGGAAAGGUAUUACAAACGAGCGCUGGAAAUUUACGAACAGAAACUAGGACCAGACGAUUCAAAUGUAGCUAGGACCAAAAAUAACUUGGCCUCAUGCUUUUUGAAGCAAGGCAAGUACAAAUUAGCAGAAAACCUUUACAAAGAAGUCCUCACCAGAAUACAUCUCCGGGAAUACGGACAAAUAGAUGGUGAUAACAAGCCCAUUUGGCAAGUUGCGGAAGAGAGGGAAGAGAACAAGCAUCGUAAUAGAGAAAAUGUACCGUACGGUGAAUAUGGUGGAUGGCAUAAAGCUGCCAAAGUAGAUUCUCCCACUAUCACCACUACUUUGAAAAAUCUGGGGGCUUUGUACAGACGGCAAGGUAAAUUUGAAGCAGCUGAAACCCUAGAGGAUUGUGCUCUUCGAUCGCGAAAAGAGUCAAUUGAUAUAACAAAACAAACGAAAGUGGCUCAAAUUUUAAGUGGACUACGGGAAGGAGACAGAAGGAUCGUGCGCUCUGCACGCUCGCGGGAGUCUCUGGAUUCUGUUUCUUAUGAUAAUGAAGAGAUGGAAAAAAGCCAGAACAAAUCUUAGUACUGCCACGAAAGGAAUAUGUUGGUCUUCUUCAAGGAUGGAUGAAAAAUUUGUCAUCUGAAAUUCAUCGUGGAGAAGCUGCUUAGAUGAAGAGUUGCUCAUUCUGCAACUGUUACUGAAGCUUUUCAUUUUAGCUGCUGUGAUUUUACUUAAGUUUUUCACCUAAGUAUUUAUUAUUUAUUUAUUCAUAGGACAAAUGCCAGUUCGCAAAUUUCUACUUUAUAUUUUUCAUUUCAACGUUCAGCGGCUUCUACUUGUAUUUUAGCUAGAAGUAAACUGACAGUGAGUACCCACAGGAAUUUAUGCUUAAAUUCAAAACUGUAUUCCUAGAUUGCAACUUAGUUAUUUUUUUUAUGAUGAAGCUAUAAUUUUUUUGUCACUACUCAAUUACUUAAUCUACUUAUCCUUGUAUCAUAACUCUUUAAAAAUGAGGAAUUGGCUAGCAGCAAUCGCUUGCUGUAAUGUGAAUAUUCUAUUGUUGCAUCGAUGCUGCAAUGUAGAAACGUACACUUGUAGCUUUUUUUUGUUCUUUCUUUUUCUUUUCUUCUUUUCACACAUUGGAGCCUUCAAAUGAAAGCUGUGGUGUAGGUCAGCCUCAAAGAUUUACAAAAGCGUUCCUCCAUAAUUUUUCACCAAUAAAUGCCUGGUAUUAUUUAUCCAAUAAAGAAGUUUCUUUAGUUCACUGUUCAACAAAGCUGCUUCAAAUGUCUCAGGUAAGUUAGUGCUGUAAAAUCAUUGAUAUCAUACGCUAAGUCCUUGCCUGAACUGUUUUUUUUGCUCCCAGCAUCUUGAAACAUUGCUCAUUGAUCGAUAAUAAUAAGAAGUAACAAGUAUCAAUUUCUUAGGGAAACUUGCACAAUUAGGAAAAAUUCUGUUUAACUUCUCCCCUGAAAUUUACUUUUUUUCAAAUUUUUGAUAACCUCUUAUCCAAUUGAAAAAAUUAAUCAGUCACAAACACAUUUAAGUCAGUAGUUGUUUGUGCUUUUGUGAACAGAGCGUUCACCAAUUGGAUAGAAUUAAGCAACACAGUUAUAUCUACAUAGAGGUGUUUCAAAAUCUCAUUUUUUAUUUUAAUUUUUCGGAAGGAAACCAACUAAAGUUUUUGCUUAAAAUGUGGCAAUAACCUUCAAAUGGGCAAGAAAAGUUGCAAAAAUUUUCGAGUGGGGAUGUUGGUUGAUACCCUACCAAAAAAUUAAAAUACAUGUAUGAGAUGUGAUUUUGAAACACUCCCAUGUAGAUGUCUCUGUUUUGCUUAUCUCUAUUCAAUUUCAGAUCACAACAGAGGGUGCAAGUGAUUCAAAAUACAGUCCUGUGCCAAGUGCAUAUGACCUAAGCCUGCUAUUAAACCUUAAUAAUUAUGGUUAUUACAAUUAUUGUGCGAAAUAUUCACCAUUCACUUCGAAUAACACGCCGUCAAAUUUUCUGCACAUUCAUAAGAUUACUUACACUCGGUUGCUUCUUUUAAUUUGAUCCUCCUUUGGCCUCCUUCAAGUGCAAUAUGUCUUGUCCUAUGUUUCUUAUUUAUUUUAUAACUAAAAGCACUGAGUUAUGUACUCAAGUAUAUUUUGCGACUGUCCUAAACCCUGCAUGGUGAAAAAACUGCACUUAUUUUCCAAUAUCUCCAUCGUUUAUUGUAAGUAAUAAGAAUCGCUGUAACCAAAUGUUUCGAGUUUCAUUUCCAGUCAUAUUUAUCUAAGUUUAUUCUUAUUUUUUUAAUCACUUAAUAUUUUUUUUCUUUUUGGUGAUAAAAUAUACGAUUUUGCUACAGAAUUUUUUAUCGUUUGUCAGAUGAAUUCCUAUCCUUAUUGCCGAGUGAAGCUCAUCUGUAUUUAUGCGUAUUUUAGUUGCCUCUCAAGUAUGAACUCUUGUUUUGUUCCCAUUGACCUGUGUGAAUCAAUUUAAAUCGAUGGAUGAAGUGCGAAACGAUGUAUCUUCAUGGCGGUGUUUAAAAAUUUCUGCUCCCAUUUUAUUAUUUCCGAGAGAAACAAGCCAAUUUUCUGGCUUGAAAUCUAUACAGAAUUAACUGCUCACAGGGACGGAAAAUCAGAGAAGUUUUCGAGAAAUUAUGUUGACUAGUUUUCAGAAGAAAAAAUAAAUUAUGACAGGAAAUCUGCAACAUCGCAAACGGAGGUAAGUGGUUUCGCGCUUUGGUCAUUGAAAUGCUUCAGAGAAGCAAAACCUUUAAAAACUUCAAUUUGGUGGCAAAUAAAGCCUUACAAUCAGCUCAAGCAGAAAGCGUCACAUAUUUUGUCAAGAAUUUGCGAAUUGAUUCUCCAACCGUAUAGAGAUGAGGACUAAUUUUCCAAAUCAUUCGAUUAUAUCAAAAAGUUUAUCAUUUUUGAAGCCAGCAAAGUAGUCGUAUUUAUGGUCUUUAGAUCCUAUAAUAUUUACCGAAUUAUAUACUUAUACCAAAUUAAUUUUAAGGUUAAUAAUAGUUGUAAUUAUUUAACGUUGUAUAUUUCCCUUAAGUUCUUUAAACGAAGGAAAAUUUAAAGAAGUCUAGUGCUUGCUACUGAACAACAGUGAAUUAUCACUUUCGUAAUUGCUGAAGAUUGACUGUAGAAAUUCAACCUAUCUGCUUUAAAACUCAAUAACAGGUGUGCAACAUGAUUGUAGCUCGAGUUGUAAAUCUCUGUCAUACUUAUAACGUAAAAUAUUUCCAAAAUUGUUGUCCUCUCAUUUUUUGGAGCACUUCUCAUUAAAAUAUUAACUCAGUGCUAUAACACAGUACGAUUCAACUUGUUUAGGUGGUUAGGUUUUUUCAACUGUAUUUCAAAUUCAGAAGGUUUUUUUCAUUCUUUUUUUUUCUAAUUGUCAAAGACAUCUUUUGUACCUUUGUAUGUUUUGUAAAAAUCAAAGUGUAAAAUGGCCCAAUAAAAUUCUAAAUAGUUUUAUGCUUUAAAA